UUUAAUGUGCAGGCUUUGAUUGUUGGUCUGGAAUAGUUGCUGAAGUGCUCUGAGUUGGAGCACACUCCAACAUGGGAAACAGUCACAUCCACCCAAUCACCGUGGACCUCAAAGUUGCAGGUCACACCAUGGCUCACCUAAAGAUCUUGGCUGGAUUGUCCCUUUUGCUGUGCCUCCAAAUUGUGUCCUCGAGCAAACUGGUGUGCUACUUCACCAACUGGUCUCAGUACCGGCCAAAUGUUGGCAAAUAUUUGCCACAAAAUGUGGACCCCAACCUCUGCACACACUUGAUCUACGCCUUCUCAGUCAUCAGCUCCUCUAAUGAGCUGUCAACUUACGAAUGGAACGAUGAUGUUCUGUAUAAGUCCUUCAAUGAACUCAAGAACAGCAACCCUGAGCUGAAGACCCUGCUGGCUGUUGGUGGAUGGAACUUUGGAAGUACACAAUUUACCAUCAUGGUCUCGACUCCGGCCAACCGCCAGACGUUCAUCCAGUCAUCCAUCAGAUUCUUGCGACAGUAUGGCUUUGAUGGGCUGGACCUGGACUGGGAGUACCCCGGAGCUCGAGGAAGCCCAGCGGAGGACAAGAUGAGGUUCACAGUGCUAUGCCAGGAAUUACUGACUGCCUUUGAGGAGGAAGCAGCACGGACCAGUCGGCCACGCCUGCUGCUCACGGCUGCAGUGGCUGCUGGCAAGGCAAACAUUGACAAUGGUUAUGAGAUUGCAAAAGUGUCGAAGUUGUUGGAUUUUAUGAAUAUCAUGACCUAUGAUUUCCAUGGAGCAUGGGAACCGUUCACUGGUCACAACAGCCCCCUGUAUCGCUCUUCUUUUGAUAAAGGGGACAACAUCUACUACAAUAUGGACUUUGCAAUGAAAUACUGGCGAGACCAAGGAGCUCCUCUGGACAAGCUCAAUGUUGGUUUUGCGACAUAUGGGCGCACAUUUCGUACAACUUCAGCAGCUGAUGGCGUCGGAGCGCCUGCCAACGGACCGGCCUCAGCUGGGACAUACACCCGUGAAGCUGGGUUCUGGUCCUACUAUGAGAUUUGCACAUUCAUCAAAGGAGGAAGUCUUCAUUGGAUCGACGAGCAGAAGGUGCCCUAUGCCACGAAAGGCAACGAAUGGGUUGGGUUUGAUAACAGACAGAGCUUUGAAAUCAAGGCACAGUACCUGAAAGAAGAACAUUUUGGAGGGGCUUUUGUCUGGGCUCUGGAUCUUGAUGAUUUUGCUGGACAGUUCUGUGGGCAAGGAAACUACCCACUCAUCAGUUACCUGCGCUCUCUUCUGGGUUCAGAUGUCCCAACACCAUCUCCGGAAACAACAAACCCAGCAGAGUCCACGAUGGCACCAACCGCCACUUCCCAGCCAACCGCCACUUCCCAACCAACCGCCACGUCCCAACCAACCGCCACGUCCCAACCAACCGCCACUUCCCCAACAACCAGCACUUCCCCAACAAUCACAACAACUGUCGCUCCUGGUAGCAAAUUCUGUGAAGGGAAGCUUGACGACCUUUAUGUGAAUAGUGAUGACAAGCACACCUUUUACCAGUGUUUCCAGGGCCGCACGUUCCUCCAGAGGUGCCCUAGCAAUCUUGUUUUUAGUAAACAAUGUAAUUGCUGCGAUUGGCCAUAAUACAUACAGUACAUGAUGUCUGUUCUCUUCCUUAAACAAUACAGCAUGUUUUCACUCUUUCAGAUUUAUUUGAGGGGAAUAUAUUCAGUGCAGCAAAGCACAAUCCCAAAGUUACCUUUGUUUAUGGCGACUACCUAAAAACUGCAUCAUACUCAUCCUUGCUGCCCUUAAAGCCCAACUACCUUUCUUUAAGCUUAUUUCUCAUUUGGCUUUUAUAAUAAAGGUGUCAUCUAUUGUAUGCUA